AUACAGUUAUACAAAGCUAAAUAAGAUUUUACCAUCCCUCUCUCUCUCUCUGCGUCUCCCUACUUUAGUUUGCUUCUCUCCUACACUUUCACUCGAUUGCUUUCACUUUUUAUUAGUAUUUCAUAAUUCUAUGCAACGGGGUGGUGGUAAAAGAAAGGGAGUUGAGCGAGCGAGUGUAAAGUAAGUGACGCAGUAAUGGGUGGUGUGACUUCAUCCAUGGCGGCGAAGUUCGCUUUCUUUCCGCCUAAUCCUCCGUCGUAUAAAUUGGUGCACGAUGACAUGACGGGGCUGCUUCUGUUGAGUCCAUUUCCCCACCGCGAAAAUGUGGAAAUUAUGCGGCUGCCGACGCGGCGGGGGUCGGAGAUAGUGGCAAUGUACGUGCGGCACCCGAUGGCGAGUUCCACACUUCUCUACUCGCAUGGCAACGCCGCUGAUCUGGGCCAGAUGUAUGAGCUUUUCAUCGAGCUUAGUAUACACUUGCGCGUCAAUCUCCUCGGGUAUGACUACUCGGGAUAUGGGCAGUCAUCUGGAAAGCCCAGUGAGCAGAACACAUAUGCAGAUAUAGAAGCUGCAUUCAAGUGUCUUGAGGAGAAUUAUGGUACUAAGCAGGAAGAUGUGAUACUCUACGGUCAAUCCGUUGGGAGUGGACCUACGUUAGAUCUGGCAACCCGUGUGCCUCGUUUAAGAGCUAUUGUUUUGCAUAGUCCUAUUCUAUCAGGUGUAAGAGUUAUGUAUUCAGUAAAGCGCACAUAUUGGUUUGACAUCUACAAGAACAUUGAUAAAAUCUCAUUGGUUAAUUGUCCUGUCCUCAUUAUUCAUGGAACGGCAGAUGAAGUGGUUGAUUUUUCACAUGGUAAGCAGCUCUGGGAGCUCUGUAAGGAGAAAUAUGAACCCUUGUGGAUUAAAGGAGGAAAUCACUGUGAUCUAGAGCUCUACCCUGAGUACAUCAGACAUCUCAAGAAGUUUGUUGCAACUGUGGAGCGAUCUCCUUCGCACAGAAUCAGUACUAGGAAGAGCACAGACCAGUUUGAACCAUCUAGGAAGAGUACAGAUAUAUUUGAUGCCCCAAGGAAGAGCACUGACAGGAGAGAAAAACCAAGGCACAGCACAGACAAGCCAGAAAGGUCCAAAAAUCAGUCACAGAAUGUCGAGAAGCUAGAUAAGUUAAGGAUGUCCUUUGAUCAAAUGGAAAGGUCGAGGAGAAGUGUCGAUUGUAUCGAGAAAUCCUGGAAAAGCAUUGAUCAUCAACUGGAAAGAGGUCGCAAGAGUGUAGACAGGCUCGAUAGAAUACGCACCGGGUAAAUUUUCCUCGUACCAACUGUAAAAUUUACUUAUGAACAUGGUGAUGAGGGGUAUAGAAAAGAUUAAUUUGGGUUUGGAUUCUCUCCUUUUUAUGGUACUUUAAGGUCUUAUAAUUGCCCUUCUGGAAAUUCUGUAAAACUGGUGCAUGAGAUCAUAGAAAUAUGUCUUGUUUAUAUAAGAUUUUGUUCCUUCA